GAUAAGACAGAAGACCCCAAGAAACACAAGAAGGAAGAAAACGGUGAUGACGAUGAGGAAAUUGAGGAGGAUGAAGAUGUCGAAGGAGAAGAGGAGGAUGAGGAAGACGAAUUACAAGGGGAGGAGGAUGACCUAGAUGAAGCUGAAGAAGAGGAGGAAGAAGAGGAAGGUGAAGGUGACGGAGAUGAAGGUGAAGAUGAUGAAGGAGCGUAAUGUGUGAUCAAAAGAGACAUUGACUUUUCAGUCUGGAAAAGUGACAUGCUACUUACCUUUCCUGCAACGGAACAAGCCUGAGGCUAUGGAGUGGCUGCAGACACCGCUGUACUUCCCAUUUUAUUACUCAGUUGAGGUGUUCGAGUGUGGAGUGUGAGAGUGAAUGCGUGAGAAUGUGUGUGUGUCGCGCUACACAUCUUCAGCCCGAUCCACUUCCUAUCUUCAGGUUUUAUGGUGCCCAAUUGUGGAAGGGAAAGGGAGGUAUUUUAAAAUAAUUUAAAUUUGACAAAUGAAUUAUUUUAUUUAAACCACUUGUAGAAACUGAUUAUGUGGACUUCAUUUUGGUUUCCUGAUGUUUAUUUUAAUUGUGAAUUCCCAUCCCUAGAAUGAAUCCUCACUAGCGUAAGUCAUGAGAUCUACAAUGCAGCAGUUUGCCGUUCUAGAUAGCUCAGUGAAUCAACUGUCUGUCACGUAUGUUGUGAGGAAUAAUUUGUUAUUUUUUUAUUUUUGUACAAGUUCAGUUGCGGUCAUCUGCAGUGCAUUUUUAGGUUGUAUUUAUCUAUUUGUAUCAUAUUGUAAGACAAGCAGUACUUGUUUGCAUAAAUCUUCUUUGUACAAAUAAUUGGGAAUGGACAACCAUUAAUUGAAUCAAACUCACGUCAGUCAUUGUACAAGUUACAUGCAUGUCUAACUUAAUUAAACGGGCAAUAAUUUGUGUCCACAUUUUAAAGAAACCUGUGGUUAACCUUGUUUUACUUUGGUAAAGCGUAUCUUCACUCUCCACUUAUGAAAGUGGCUAGAUUCAAUUGUCAUGAAUAGACACGUGUUCAUACCUGUGACCAAUUUUUUUUUCUCCCCCCUUUUUUUUUUAUAAAAAAAAAUUGGUAUUAAUUUCUAUCUUCACAUGUUAGCACUGGCUGGCGUUUUCAUUUAUAAUAAAUUUGUGACGCUCUGCUCAUUCCAAGAUUUCAGCCAAUUGUUAAGCCAUGCAUUUCCUUCGUCCACAAGUCCAUUGUAUUCAGUUUUUGGCAUUUAUUUUGACUGCUUGUGGACCAUGUCUAAACCAUUGAGAAAUUGUAGCUCAUACUGUAAUUCCUGGAGUGACUAAAGUGGCUAGAUUUAGUUAAA